AGUACCUUCAGAAAACAGUCACACAUUUGGUGGGACACACAUAUAGUCUAAACACCGUCUGGAAAUGAAAUCCUGUGGCAUUCUGAGUUUGCUGUCUGUCUGCUCUGUGAUUUUACAAUGUCAAGCGGACGAUCAGGAACCCACGGUGAAUAUUCCAGCCCUUGGUGGACUUCGUGGAUCUCAAAUGGUGUCGUUCUCCGGUCGGAAGUUUGACGCUUUCAGAGGCAUUCCCUACGCCGAGCCACCCGUUGGGAACCUGCGCUUCAGGGAGCCACUCCCAGCUAAACCUUGGACAGGACGUGUGUUGGAUGCAACUAAUAAGGAAGGACCCACGUGUCUUCAAAAUGACUUGCUCUCCAAGGUUGUCACCAUUGGACAAGAAGAUUGCCUGGUGCUAAAUGUCUACACUCCUAACAUUAACCCAAUUGAAAAAGCCUUGCCGGUCAUGGUCUGGAUCCACGGCGGAGGUUUUACUACGGGCAGCGGAAAUUUCGAAACGGAUUUUUAUGGUCCUGGUUACAUUCUCGAUCGAGACGUCGUCCUUGUGACCUUCAAUUACCGUUUAGGACUUUUUGGUUUCUUGAGUACUGAAGACAAGGAAGCCCCUGGAAAUUAUGCGCUCAUGGAUCAGUCGCUGGCAAUUAAGUGGGUGAAAGAACACAUCGCCAAUUUUGGAGGCAAUCCAGACUCGAUUACCAUUUUUGGAGAAAGCGCUGGCAGCGCCAGCGUAGAGUUCCAAAUACUGUCCCCACAUUCCAAAGGAUUAUUCCAUCGCGCUAUUGCCCAAUCUGGAGCCACCGGCUGUCCUUGGGCAUUACACAGAAGUGUUGGAGAAUAUACUCGCCUUCUGGCCGAAGAUUUGAAUUGCCCAACAUCAAACUCUCGGGAGUUGCUUGCUUGUCUGAGAAAUACGGACGCUAAACAAAUUAUGGAAUCCAGAAAAAAAAUGACGAUUCCAAUCUCAUUUGGGUUGUACCCCGUCGCUUUCGGACCCCGCGUCGACUCUGAGCGAGAGUUCCCAUUCAUUCCGGACGAUCCGAAAAACUUGAUGUCAAGCAAACAAUUCAAUCACGUGCCAAUUAUUGCUGGUCUGACUAAAGAUGAAGGGGGUAUUUUUGCUUCAAGUCUGGCUGGCCCUUACAGCGAAAAUUUGGAACUGCUGAAAAAAGAUCCCGUUGAUGCCGUGCUUUACGCAAUCGGCAUGGAAAAGCACAAGAACGGACUGGAAAUUGCUCAGAAGGCGCACGAUCACUAUUUCGUCAGCAAGGAAAAUAACGACAUGGUGACGCAAUACGGAGAGUUGACGUCUGACAUCGGUUUCUUCAAAUGCGUCGACGACUCCGUUAAAUUACUGCGCCAGUACAGCGACCAGCCCGUUUACUACUACCACUACGCUCACAAGGGCCAGAAUAACCUUGCUAAAAUUUUCAAUGCGCCUCCGGAGUUGGAUUUUGGUGUUGCCCACGGCGAUGAGCUCUUGUUGAUGUUCACCAGCAAUUUGAACCCACCAAUGACCGAUGCCAUUGACAUUAAAGCCUCGAAAAUGCUGCUCGAUUUGUGGACUUCGUUUGCAUCGAACGGAGUACCGCAAAGUGAGGAAAUUAUGGGCCAUUGGCUUCCGACGACUCACCAACAGCCCCGCUACCUGCAAAUGGACUUGGAGAGUCCAUCUCUAAUCAACGGCGAGAUGCCGUUUCAUUCUAAACUCGACUUUUGGCGCUCUUUAUUGGGUCCCUACUCUGAGGCCCCAGUCAAAGAAGAAUUGUAAUCAAUUCCGAGGGUAGCUGAUGGUCGUCUCAAUGCACGAAAAUUUGAUUGCCUUUAUAGCAUUAUUAUCAAAUUAUCAAAUUAUUAUCCCAUAUAUACUAGACUAAUCGAAUGUAGAGACUAGAGAAUUUUACUGAUUGUUAUGAUUUUUUGUGCCAUUGUUACGUCAAAUACAGGGGAGAGUUGUACUAUA